AUGGGAGGCGGAGCUGGAAUGGAGAACAUCGGGUCUGAGCUUGUAGACAAGGGUGUGUGCGGCAAAGCUAAGGAGCACUUCGUUGUCGGGAUGAAGGACGGUGGCGCAAGAUGGAGGAGAGAAGGCUAUGAUAGUUGGAAUCUCAGAUCCGGAACAUCCCACGGAGGGCCUCUCAGAUCUGGAGUGCAUGUGAAGGGCGAACUCAAAGUAGGGAAGGAGGUGAAAGGUGGACCUUGUACAGCUUUUUCGGAAGACCCCGGUGAAGGAUGCAGUUCCGGUGGUCUUGAAAACCUGAGCAGAGACCACGAGUCUUCUCGAAUGGUACCGUUAUGGAAACACUACUGUGCAGAGGCAUCCGGGCUUGUGUAUGUAGUCGACAGCAGGGACAGAGAGCGAAUGGAAGAGACAAAGAGUUUCCUUUACAUGGUGAUGGAUGAGAUACAGGGGAAGGUACCGGACAAUAUGGCUGUUCUUGUUUAUGCAAACAAGCAUGAGGUUCCUGGUGCCAUGUCUGCUUCUGAGAUCAGUAACGAACUUGAUCUCGCUUCUCUUCGUCAGAGAAACUGGCAAAGGAACUAG